AUGUCUAAACAGAGACCUAUCAAUUCAUCAGAUAGUGAUCUAUAUAUAGUCCUGAUCCCAUCUCCCACAAGAAAGAGAACACAACCUCACUCUGGCAUUAAGAAAAGUAGGGCCAAGAAAAGUUCAAAUGCUGCUGCUAAGAUCCAUGUUUCUGAUGUUAGUAAAUAUCUUGUUCCAAUCCCCGUCUCCAAUGAAAACGAAUCUUCCAUUCAAACUCCUAAUCAAUCGUAUACAAAGUCAGGAAAUGGAUCCUCUUGGGUUUCAAAUAAAAACACUCCACCUGAAAUCCAACAACCUACACCACCACCGCAACCUCCUCCAAAGAAACAUAAGAAACACAAUCAAGUCAAGCAUGAGACUCCACAAGAAACGAACCAGACUCUGGAAAUGUUGACUUCUAAUCAAGAAGUACAAGACUAUGACUCUUCCAUCGUUGUUGUUGAACCCGCUAUCCUUGAGGAACAACCGAAGGAACAAGGGCUGCGUCAGCUAAAACGGUCUCAAACUGUCGGCGAAGACUCAAAUUUAGACACCCUGUAUCGAUCUCCAUUUGGAUUGAACAAUAGUCCAUUAUCAGCAGUCGUUCCAGGGACCGAAGAUACUAGUUCUGAAUUAGUAGAAAUUUCCAAGAUGAAUAAUAUCCCACUAGAUUUAUCGUUCCAAAAUUGGUGCGAAACUGCUACUUCAAUUAUGAAUGAGAAAACACAUCUUAUGAAGCAAUUAAUGUUGAAUAGAUACAAAUUCUUUAUUCGGUUUCAAGUAUUAAAUUCUUUGGUUAAUUCUUAUGCAGCUGAUUUAGGAAUUCAUGAAACAAAAUUAUUAGAGAAAAUCCAGAAGAUAAGAAAAAUGAUGGAAGAAAUGGUAAGUUUAACUACCGAACUUUAA